AGAGGCGAGGGCGACUCACAGAAGAGCAUGGCGUGUGCGGUGGCCGCCCCGGUGCUGCCGGAGCUGACGGACGACUUCCCGGCGUGGCUGGAGGCGCAGGGCGUGAACCAGGAGGUGGCCAGGGCCAUGGACUCGGAGCUGGGCAUCCGGGACUACGGGGUCCUGCGCGCCUGCGUCGGGGACGGCCUCGUGCGGGCCGAGCUGCUGGCCGCGGCGCGCGACCGCCUGCCCUUCGGCUUCUACGCCGUGCUGCGGCAGGUGGUGAAGGCCCUGCGGGGCGACGAGACCCACCACGAUGACGCGGCCGCCGCCUACCCUGGCGACGUGACGCUGGGAGGGCUGGUGGACGUGCUGCUCGCUCUGUUCAGCGGCCUGAGCCGGGAGCUGCUGCUGUCUGCGCGGAGGCUGGGGGACGCGGACGAUCGGAAAUACGCGGCGGCUUCUCCCUCGUCCGCGGGUGCGCCCGGCGCGGAAAACUUGAUGGCGACAGAGACGAGUCAUCUUAUGGAAAACGAUGAGCCGGCGUUGACCGAGACGACUCUGGACGUCGACUCGGACUCAAGCCUCGCCGUGCAUCGGAUCAAAGCGGAGUCUCCCCGCGGUAACGAUCCGACCGUGACCCCAACCCUGGACAUGGACUGCAGCCACGGCCUUCAUUUCGUUAAAGUGGAGCAGCCCGAUGGUGGCGGCUUCACUGCUGCAGCGCCUUCCCACUCGGGCUUCCAGGACGAGGUCGAAGCCGUGAUGGAAUACAGGCCUUGCACGUCGUCGCAUUCGGGCGACACGCACGGGGGCGGCGGUGUGGCGGCGAUCGUGUGGACUCGUGCACGUGAGAUGGAGCAUCAUACCCCGGCCGAGGACUCCGCGGUCUCCAGGUGGAGCCAGGCGGACCGCGCUCAGAGGCCCGCGACCCACGAAGGUGACGGCGUCGUCGCAAGACCCUCCCACCCGGACUUCCAGAACGAGGCCGCCACAGCCAUGGAACGCCGGCCACGCGCGUUGCCGCAGUCGUCGGGAGAAACGUCGCACGUUCAAGCGUGGCGACGCGCGGGUCACGUGACCCCACGGUUGUCCACUACGCGUCCGUCCGUCCCGCCACGGCUUGCCUGCGGCGGCGGCGGCGGCGGCGGAGGAUCGCCGGCGAGGGAGAAGGAGAAGCCCUACUCUUGCAAGGUUUGCACGCGGGCCUUCUCGCAAAAAGUGAACCUGCAGGUCCACAUGCGCGUGCACACGGGCGAGAAGCCGUACCGCUGCGACUUGUGCGACGUCAGGUUCAUGAUGAAGCCGAACCUCAUCGUGCACCAGCGGCGGGUGCACACGGGCGAGAAGCCGUACCACUGCGAGGAGUGCGGCCUCGACUUUUUCCAGCACUGCACCCUGAUUCGCCACCUGCGUACGCACGCCCACGCGGAACCGCCAAGCGCCCACAGCGGUGGGGCCAUCGGUGCCGCGCUCUCCGACGACGCGUGACGGCCCGUGAACGGAUCGUCAAACUGUUGCUGUGUUUAAACCGAGCUGCGUGGCUCUUUUGAAAAAGCGACCAGGCCACAAACGGUGCCUCGACGAAGGGGGUGGGGGUUAUCGUCAUGUGGAAAUUUAUAGCAGCCAAAUACUCUGAAACAUGUAGAGAUGCAUAGAGACCCAUCGACUACAUUCAACUAUUUAAAUUUUAGCUGUUUUUCAGAAGCGACCUCGGCCAUCACAAAUGAUAGCUCAACGAAGUGGGAUUAUCAACAUCGUGUGGACAUUUAUAGCAGCCAACGACAAUAAACGCAUGUUGAUUCCGGAGGGAAAAACCUGAGGACCUGGAAACUAAAAAUCCACACGACCAUGGCGAGAGAGAGAGAGACAUGCAAACUCCAAAUAUACAGCAAGCGUCAGGGUCAGGAUCGAACCCACAACCUCCUGCGUAUCAGGCGAGGUAGUUAACAUCUCAUAGCCACCGUGAUGAUGAUGAGAGAGAGAGACACACGCAAACUCCAAAUAUACAGCAGGCGUCAGGGUCAGGAUCGAACCCAUGCCCUCCUGCGUACCAGGCGAGGUAGUUCACAUCUCGCCACCAUGGCGCUCCCACAGUGCUCAUCUCCGCAGAUGGGUGGAAUGUUUUUUAGCCGAGGGAGAGGCAGAGAGAUAAGAUUGUCUUUUUGUGGUCUGGAUUUCAUUUUUGGUAAGAUUGGUGUGUGUGUGUAGUGUAUGACGACA